AUGGGAACCUCCCUUAAGAGCGACACUGGAUCAGGUUUCAGUGCGGAAUUGCAACUGUUGAUACAGGAAGCUUCCGUGAUCUUGCUGGUCCCGGGGGUCAGCACCCUCAGCAGAGCUAAAGCUCACUGGCGCACCGCCGGUGGGCCCAGGCCGCUUCGCUCUUUACAGUAUGUUUUCGGGUUUCCUUGGCUGUCGGAUAAAGAUCGUUCUACGGUCGAGGAGGCUAAUUUCGGGGUGCUGAAGUGCUUCGAAAUUUGUUUCAUUCGCCUUGAGCUUUGCAAGCCAUUCAUCUUUGAGCACCCGGAACAACUGGGCGCGGUUAACGACUUCAUUCCUGCUUCGGUCUGGGACUUCGAUGAAUUCAAGCAGCUUCUACUUCUGGAUGGGGUGCAAUCGGCUGCCUUCUUUCAGUGUCAGUGGGGUGCACCUUCGAGUAAGCCCACUCGCCUUUUAUGGAGCCGUCUGGACUGGUGUGAAGCUGCCCUUUUUACGGGGCCGCCUGAGCUUGCGGCGGAUGGCCGAUAUCGCGGGCCUCUUCCGCCCUCCUGCGGUCAUCGUCAUGAUCGCUCACUGGGCAAAGACCUCGCAGGUACUUGGGCCACCGCCUCGGCAGCUUAUCCUUCGCUGAUGUGCGCCUGGCUUUCCAAAAGCAUGCUGCGUCUCUGUCGUGUUGAUGGGGCUGGGGACGCAUCCACUUUUGGGCGCAGGCCGUUGGAGCAAGCCACCUGGGAUUCAGAUGACUCCUCGGACGGGGAGGGACCGAAAGACGACUUCGAGCUCUCGUCCUUGCUACUGGAGCUGCCGGCGGGCUCUUGGCCCCCAGCAGGGGAAACUUCGGAUGCGGAAAGUUUCGCGGCUCGGCUCCUCAAGAAGGGCAGGGUCACUGUGGAAGACUUCGAAAAGCUCUGUGGGCUGCUGCCGUCGGACCCCGAGGUUCGCGCUACAGCCGGGGAUCUGACCUCAAAGACUUUCAUGAGUGGCUUCUUUCAACAUGGCGGAGUCAUCGGGCUUCGCACGCAUGUGUCCAGCCACCCCUGGGUUACGGCACUUCUUUGCGGAAUUCUUCGCGCUGCACUUCCAGGUUACGCUUUUACUUCGGUGGUGGUGUCUAGGAACCGCCAAGUGCUUCCACAUUGCGACAGUCAAAAUGGUGCCAACACUUGGCACCUGCUGGUUCCAGCUUCCCGAUUUAAGGGGGGAGGGGUCUGGCAAGAAGUGGAUGGCGGACUCGAGCCCCUGGAGUACGAGGGCGAGCAGCGCUGGGGCAAAAUUCUUCCGGUGGCCACGGGCCCUCAACUUCUGGAUCCUCGUCAACUCCAUGCUACGAUGUCUUGGAAGGGCGUGCGGACCGUGAUCAUUGGGUUCUCGAUCCGGGAGCCUGCGAAAGCUAGCCGUACCUUGAGGAACACCUGGAAAAGGAUCUCAGGACUGCAGGGUGUGUCGCAGACGGAUGAAGCUGUUUCGGGCGGGCUUACACCAUCAGUCCGUCUUCUCGAGCGGGGAGCUGGAGAGGAGGGUGACACCUUCCAUGGUCAUCUGGUCCAGGCUCGCAAGGACAACUUCGGCGAUCCCAUCACCGUGCAAUGGCGAGGCAAGGUCCAUUCCUUCGUUGAUGGUUGCGGACUUAACAGUCCGGGUCGCUGGCGCCCGACCGCUCGGGGCCGGGGGCUCACCAAGGAAGCUGACGAGUUCGUGAAUGCUCUUCGGAGUCUUCUGGAUGAUUUCAUCAGGACCGAGAUCGUGGACCCCAAGCGGGCAUAUUUCAUGUUGGCCCUGGGCAAGUACGAGGAAGCUCCCUUUUCUGCUCAGGCCAUGGAUCGUCUUCGUAAGUCUUGGUUCUCUCUGCUGGAAGAUCCUUCAGCGGCCGCUCACCAGGAGCCUGGGCAACCUUUCUUCCUGGAGGCGCUCUCGCAGACUUGUCGGGCUAUGGGAGAUGAAGACUGGGAGGUUCUCACACGUGCAGAGGACAACUAUGCUCGUGGGCGGAGACUGGGAGUGGACCGGCCAGACGGCCCGAUCUGGAUUAACCGGGUGGGAACGUUCGGUGUGGCCUGCGCUGCUUAUCACUUCGCCAGGUUGGCUGGGCUGAUAGGCCGUGGAGCUCUUCGCAUUGCACUGCAGGCCUCGCUUUUCCAAAUGCUCUUCGCAGAUGACUUGCAGAUCAUGGCGGGUGGAGAGCAGAAGUACCACGACCUUUGGGUGGUGCUCCUCUACUGGCUUAUGGUUGGAACUCCUUUUAAGUGGUCUAAGUUUCGUGGGGGAGUUUGCUUGGAUUAUGUUGGUUUCUACUUUGAUUACUUCCGGUUCAAAGUGGGACUGUCGGAGCGUCGGGCGAACUGGCUCAUCGAAUUCAUCACGGAUCUGCAGAGGGGCCGAGGGAUGAUUGAGCAUCGGCGCUUCACCGAGUUUGUGGGGCGACUGGUCUAUGCUGGGCAAGUUCUGUACUGGCUCCGACCGUUCAUGGGACCGCUUCAUCGCUGGAAAGCUGCCAUCACUCCAGGAACUGUGGCCUUGGUACCUCGUAUGGUGAUGGUGGUCCUUCGCUACAUCUUGACCUUGUUGCAAGAGAAGCAUUAUCUUGUCUGCUGUAAGUCGCCACCUUUGAUGCUUCGCGAAGCAUUUCGCACGGACGCGAAAGCAGAGGAUGAUUUCUUCGUACUGGGUGGAUGGGAAACUCUGCACAGCUUUGAGCCAAAGAAGUGCCGUUGGUUCUCUGUCCGGGUCACUGCCGCUGAUUAUCCAUUCUUGUUCAAUGCACAAGGGACGGCGAAAGGAAUGAGCACAGUUGCCGAGCUUCUGGCCACGUGGCUGGGGCUGCACUUGUUCGGAUGGCUGGAUGGGACUGGGCAGAGUUUCACGGUCUCUGCGGGGACCGACAACCUGGCGAAUGAGCUGGUCAUGCGCCGCCAGGGAACCACGAAGUUCCCGUUGACGUAUGUGUAUAUGCAGCUGGAGUACGAUUUGUUCCGCUGCGGGGGCCAUAUGAACUUGAACUGGCGACCGCGUGAGCUCAAUACCGAGGCAGAUGACUUGACGAAUGAACGGUUCAGCGCCUUCGAUUUAGCUCUUCGGAUUGAUGCGAAGUUUUCUGAUGUGCCGUGCAAGCUUCUUCUUGAUUUGGCAAGCUUUCAUUCUGAGAUGCUCGAAUGGCGAAAAGGGGGAGAAGGAAGUGCCCCACCAGCUCCUUUGACAAAGAAGCAGAAGUUGGCCACUAAGACGAAGUGGCAAAGCGAUCCUCGCGUUGGUGGGUGGAGGCCGGUCCCCGAAUGGGGACCCGGUCUCGGCUCGCUGUUACGGCGCGAUCUGGACAUCCGGAAAAAAUGUUGA